AUGAGGAAAACCCUUUUGGUUGUGUGCUUCCUCCUCAUCCUCACCGCAGGUAGCCUCCACGUUGAGUGCCGGCGCCACCGCGAACGGCGGCGGAAGGAUUACACGCUCUUCGUCUUCGGCGAUUCCUUCGUCGAUGCCGGCAACCUCCCUAAAUCAUCAGGGAGGAGUAGAGUGUCGCGUGGGUGGUACUACCCCUACGGGAGCUCUGACUCGUCCCAUGGCAACCAAGCAACCGGCCGCCUCUCCGACGGUCUAGUGCAGUCGGAUUUCCUGGGUAAGUACAUAAACGUUCACCACCACCUACGCACCAGGGCUGAGGUUGAGAAUGGCAUCAACUUCGCCGUGCCCUUCUCCGGCGUCAUGAACGGGCGACAGGAGGAGCAGCUGUCCCUGCGCGAGCAGAUCAGCCAGUUUGGUGAAUUUGUGGAUCACGGAUCCGUCGACGACAAGCAGCUAGAGAAUUCAGUCGCGCUUCUGUCCGUCUCCAACGGCCACGACUACUCGCACGUCAGCGACACCACCAGUGACCGCCAACUCGACGCCUACAUCGACGACGUGACAGACGGCAUCGUCGAGGGCGUCAAAAGGCUACAGGAGAUCGGUGUGUCCAAGGUGCUGGUGAACUCCAUGCCCCCGCUUGGCUGCUCGCCAUGGCGCGCCAGGCAGUCCGUGGGCUACGCGCAGUGUGACGGUGCCGGCAACACGCUCGCCACCACCCACAACAGGCUUCUCAGGCGCAAGCUGGAUGGGCUGGAAGACGUCCACGUCCUCGACCUCUACAACGCCUUCAACAGCCUUGCCCGAUCCAUGUCCGGCUCCACGCCGUGCUGUGACACCUCGGACCACAACGCCUACUGUGGCCAGCUCGACGGCAACGGCAGAGCUCAGUACACCGUCUGCGCCAGCCCCGGCGACUCCUUCUACUGGGACAACGAGAACCCUACCCAAGCUGGAUGGGAGGCCGUAAUGGAUCGAAUGCAAGCAAACAUCCAGGACUUCCUGGCCGCCUAG